AUGCCCCCUUGGCGGCUGCUGCGGCGGCGGCAGCAGCGGGAGCAGCGACCUCGGCGGCCCCGGCGGCCCCGGCAGCGGCCGUUGCUGAGCAGCAUGCUUUACUUCCAGAUGGUGAUCAUGGCCGGGACGGUGAUGCUGGCUUACUAUUUCGAGUACACGGACACGUUCGCCGUCAACGUGCAGGGCUUCUUCUGCUACGACGGGGCUUACCGCAAGCCCUACCCGGGCCCCGAGGACCGCAGCGCCGUGCCCCCGCUGCUGCUCUACUCGCUGGCCGCCGGCGUGCCCGUGCUGGGGAUAAUAGUUGGAGAAACUGCUGUGUUUUGUCUACAACUAGCCACAAGGGAUUUUGAAAACCAAGAAAAAACUAUUUUAACAGGAGACUGUUGUUAUAUAAAUCCACUGGUGCGCAGAACUAUCCGAUUUCUUGGCAUUUACACAUUUGGACUGUUUGCUACUGAUAUCUUUGUAAAUGCCGGACAAGUGGUAACAGGGAAUCUGGCUCCACAUUUCCUUGAACUCUGUAAGCCCAACUACACAGCGCUUGGAUGCCAGCAGUUUACUCAGUUCGUCAGUGGUUCACAGGCCUGCACUGGCAACCCCGAUCUCAUCAUGCGAGCCAGGAAAACAUUUCCAUCCAAAGAAGCAGCACUAAGUGUUUAUGCAGCUAUGUACCUGGCAAUGUACAUUACCAACACAAUAAAAGCCAAAGGAACAAGACUCGCUAAACCAGUUCUAUGUUUGGGCUUAAUGUGUUUGGCCUUCCUUACUGGAGUCAACAGAGUAGCAGAAUAUCGGAAUCACUGGUCAGAUGUGAUAGCAGGGUUUCUUGUUGGAAUAUCUAUAGCUGUGUUUUUGGUUGUGUGUGUCGUAAAUAAUUUUAGAGGAAGACAACCAGAAAAUGAACACAUUCACAUGGACCCUCUAGCCCAGGUGCCGAUGAUCAGCAUUCCUCGAGUAGAAAGUCCUUUAGAAAAGGUAACAUCCAUCCAGAACCACAUCACUGCCUUCGCCGAAGUCACAUGAUGCUGAAGCGGAUGUUUUUUCACUUCAUUGGACAUCAUCCCUUUUCACCGUUCACACAUAAUGUCCAGAAGGCGUUGAGAGCAAGAACAAAGUUGAAAAAAGAGUCUGGUCCAUUCUCAUUUUUACAGUUUUAAAAUCCAUGUCAACUUUUAAAGGAGUCUUCUUAUAUAGUUAAUAGGUUCACUUUAUUUUACCCCAAAAUAAUUGCACCAGCUCAGUGAAAGGAAACCUGAAUAUAGGCAGUUUCCUACACGAGAACUCUGAGGUUAGUUUAGGUUGUUUUUAAUUAUUCAUGUUUCAAUUCAACAGUAUGUCAUAUUUGGUUUGAAUUGGCUUUUAUGUGUGUUUUGUUUUGGGUUUUUUUCCGCAUGUUGUUUCCUUUCAGGCAGGUUUCGGUGUGUAAAACUUCUAAAAAUUUAGGUUCUAUUUUUAAACACUGCACAUGGUAUUAUGCUGUAUUUCACGUAUAUAUCAUUCAUCCUGUACAUCCUAAGACUGGUGCUUCUGCUAUUGACGGGAAAAUGCCAAUUUUUACUGUAAUAAGAAAUGUAUUAUAAUUAAAAAUAUUUAUUUGGACUUUUUCCUGACAAUUGUGGUUGAAUUCUUCAUAGUUUUUGAAUAUACAUUGUAUUUAAGAUAGCUAUAACAUGAGGAAUACAGCAGUGAGGUCUAAUUUUUGCCCACCCAGGUAGAAAUGUUUUCCCAACUAGGUUAAGGCCUCUGGGCCUUGUCCUUGUAAAGCUAAGAUCCGUAAAUGAGAGGAAAAGUGUCUGACGCAUUAGAUUAGCCUUUUGCAUGGUGUGAAAAAUCACAAGACUGUGUUUGGCAGCAUCUCUGGCUCUGCCCUGGAAUUCUGGGAGGGAGUUAGCUGAAGGGAAGAGGGAUGUGUUCACCAAAUCCCCCAAAUGAGAGCUGUGCUUCUACAACACUGAUUUUGGAAUCUUGAAAGAACAGAGCAGUAAAGUUAAAAAUGUUUUUAAGGUAGCCGGGUCUGUGUUAGUAGAUUAGUGGUCUUGGGCAGACACAGCCCUGCUUGGUUGGGACUGUCUUUGGAGCAGAACUAUCUGUCACUCCACUCACUCUGCUCCUUAAUCCACUCUCUACCUGUAUUGGACCUCAGAGGCAUGAGUUUGGGGUUGCAUAUCAUGCUUUAAAUCCUGGAGUGAACCUCAUUAACUGCCCUUUAAUUCCUUGCCUUACAAGCCCCAACAUUUUUUUUUGUUUGUUUUCUUGGUCUGGGGUGCUGCCAACUUCUCUCACCCCACCUGGAUUAGGAAUGGCUAGAAAUGGGAAACUCUAGCUCCUGUCCACUUGAGUCAAGUACACUUGUAUUAAUGCAUUGAUUUCCCCUUUCUCCCAGUACCAGCAGUGAUUAAUUCCAGUGUACUAUUAAACUGAAAAUUCAACUCUCCUCCAGUCUCAGAAUUCUUUAUAAUUCAAUCCAUUUCGCUGGAAUAAACGUGGAUUUCCCUUUCAAUCACAAGUAGCAGUUGAAGAAGUCCAGAACAGAUAGCUCACCUUUCAAGACCCAUUGAGGAACGGAAAAGAGGGAAUAACAGUUUCUCAGGCAACGGAAAAAGGGUGACCAGGGCUAGGCCAAGGCUAAUCAAAUCCAUUUUACAAAUUCAUGAAGUUUCUGUCUGCUCCUUAACAUUGGCAGUUUGCUUUAUUUACAGUAAAUAUACCAUAAAUUCAACUUUACACAAUUGUCCUCAUUUUGACCAGCAGAAAGGUCUGUAAUAAAAAAUGCUGUAGUUAAAAACACAGCCAGGUAAAAUCUGCCCAUUGCUCCUAAUGAGGCCACAGGCUGUAUAAAAACCUAUAAGGCAGCUUAGAUCCACUAUUCUUGAAUAGCUAAAAAUCCCAAAGGGAAGGGAAACCCUGUUUGGAAACUGACACAGAAUGCUUAGCCUGGAUGAUUUUCUUCAGGUGAAAGAAAAACCGUGCUUAAAAUAUCACUAUCAUGUAACAGUGGUAUGGAUAAAGACACAGAUCCAAGGGUACCUGAAGAUGUGUAUCAGUCGGAUGUAGUAAAUGUUGGGCUCCACAAAUUUGGCCAUCCUGAAAAUGGAAAUGAUUUUUUUUUUUUUUUGCAUGACAAACUAUGGACAUUGUAACUGAUUUUUAAGAUGAUUAAAAAGGCUCUUUUAUGUUAAAAGAGGUGAGCCUUCUUUAUGAGACUGUUUCUAUUCAGCAUCCAACUUGGCCUCCCUCUCUCUUCUCAGGAUCUACCCCAGCCAAUAGUUCAGUUCAAUUUACCAUGUGUUUCCUCUGUGAAGCAGCGGUGAUAAAGGAUACUCUGCUGUGUACUGUAUUUUUCAAAUAAA